CUCCCUGCUGCCGCGUCCGUGGCUGCCUGCCUGGCUCCCAGAACCCUGCCCGCCUCUGCCUGCUGGAGCAGCGCGUCUCGAAACACUGCGGCGGUCAAGGACGCCAUGGGGCGUGGCUGGCUCUCCGGACUCUGCUGCUGCUCUGCCUGCAACGCUGCUAGCUGCUGACGUCGAGAGAUGCCGCCGACUCUGCUGUCGAUGCUGGGCGGGGCGGGCGCCGGCGUGGGCGUGGUCAGCCCCGCCACGUGGCUGAUGGCGCCGCUGCUCGCCAUGGGCCUCACCGCCUACUACCGCUACGCCUCCGUCGACCCGGAGACACACCCCAUCAACGCGCGCACUCUGCUGCCGGAGUACGACUUCGUCGUCGUGGGGGGCGGCUCCGCGGGGGCGGUAGUCGCCAGCAGGCUCUCCGAGAUUCCCGGCUGGAAGGUGCUGCUGCUGGAGGCUGGAGGGGACGAGAACGAGGUGACGGACGUGCCGUCGCUGGCGGGCUACCUGCAGCUGUCGCAGUUCGACUGGAAGUACAAGACGGCGCCCGCGGGCGCCGACUCGCCGUACUGCCUCGCCAUGGUCGCCGACCGCUGCAACUGGCCGCGCGGAAAGGUGUUGGGCGGCUCCAGCGUGCUGAACGCAAUGAUCUACGUGCGGGGCAACCGGCGCGACUACGACCGCUGGGCCCAGCUGGGCAACCCGGGCUGGAGCUACGACGAGGUGCUGCCGUACUUCAAGAAGUCGGAGGACCAGCGCAACCCCUACCUGGCCAGGACGGCCUUCCACUCCACAGGGGGGCUGCUCACCGUGCAGGAGGCGCCGUGGCGGUCGCCGCUCGCCGUCGCCUUCGUGCAGGGGGGCCAGCAGCUGGGCUACGAGCACCGCGACUGCAACGGCGAGCGCCAGACGGGCUUCAUGGUCGCCCAGGGCACCAUCCGGCGCGGCUCGCGCUGCUCCACGGCCAAGGCCUUCCUGCGGCCCGUGCGCCUGCGCAAGAACCUGCACGUGGCCAUGCACGCCCACGCCACCAAGCUGCUGUUCGAGGGCGGCCGCGCCGUCGGCGUCGCGUUCAUGCGAGACGGCGUCCAGCAGGCGGUGCGGGCGAAGCGCGAGGUGGUGCUGUCCGCGGGCGCCAUCAACUCUCCGCAGCUGCUGAUGCUGUCGGGCGUGGGGCCGGCGGAGCACCUGCGCGAGCUGGGCAUCCCCGUGGUGCGUGACCUCAAGGUGGGCCACAACCUGCAGGACCACGUGGGCCUCGGCGGGCUCACCUUCGUCGUCGACAAGCCCGUCACCUUCACCAGGGCCCGCUUCCAGACGGUGCCCGUGUUCCUGGAGUACGUGCUGAACGAGCGCGGCCCGCUCACGUCGCUGGGGGUGGAGGGCGUCGCCUUCGUCAACAGCAGGUUCGCCAACCACUCGGACGACUGGCCGGACGUGCAGUUCCACUUCGCGCCCAGCUCCAUCAACUCGGACGGCGGCGAGCAGAUACGCAAGAUCCUGGGCCUGCGGGACGGCGUGUUCAACACGGUGUACAAGCCGCUGCUGAAGGCGGAGACGUGGACCAUCCUGCCGCUGCUGCUGCGGCCGCGCAGCGCCGGCUGGGUGCGCCUGCGCUCCGCCAACCCCGCCCACCACCCGCUCAUCGUGCCCAACUACUUCGCGCACCGCGAGGACGUCGACACGCUCAUCGAGGGGAUCCGCAUCGCGGUGAACCUGUCGUCGACGCCGGCGUUCCAGCAGUUCGGCUCUCGGCUGCACAGGAUCCCGCUGCCGGGCUGCGCGCAGCUCGCCUUCGCCUCGGACGAGUACUGGGAGUGCGCGCUGCGCCACUUCACCUUCACCAUCUACCACCCGGUCGGCACGUGCAAGAUGGGCCCCGCCUCCGACCCCGACGCCGUCGUCGACGCCCGCCUCCGCGUGCACGGCGUGCCUGGCCUGCGCGUCGUCGACGCCUCCAUCAUGCCGCACAUCGUCAGCGGCAACCCCAACGGGCCCGUCAUCAUGAUCGGCGAGAAGGCGUCCGACAUGAUCAAGGAGGACUGGAAGGACUUCAGGUAGCCGGCGGCCCAGCUGGACGGUGGAACUAGGCCUCCGUUGAGGACCGUCCACUAGUGCACCGAUUAACAUUUCCGGCUUUCUCGAAAAAUCAUCUCUUCGGUGACAAGAAUGACGCUGUGUUUAAAAUCUCGUGCAGCAAUGUCCCCACCGCAGUCUGAAGCCAGCUCGAUUUUACACCCAAACCGGACAGUAUUUUUGUAUACCGAUCAUCACAAAGCUGGGGCGAAAUAAUCGAUUUAACUUCAGCAAAGUAGUCAGAUGUACUUUGAGUUCACUUACGACCUAACGCAAUACUUUUCGAUGUAACUUAUUUAGUAUAUAGAAAUGUGGCAUAUGCUGUGUAAUAUUUUCGUAGUUCACAAGCUGCUUCGUGUUUGAGUAAAACUCGAGCUUUCGUUGAUAUUGCUCACCUUCAGCGCCAGGAGAUGACUGAAUGCUCCGUACUGACGGUCUCUCUUCUGUACUAGUAGUCUACAGAGGUUGGUUUCUGAUCCCCUUCCGUCUCGUAAUUCCGGCCGGUUUGGAUAGACUGAAGGGGGGAGGGAGUUUGUAUUCUCUUCACGGUCCGUUAUUUCCCGCAUUUUCGCACGCAAAUCUCGCGCUCAGAUGACAUCACUGCUCCAGUGAUGCCCCAGAGCGCUACUAUAUAAGAUACAAAUAUCGGUUCCGGCAAUCUAUCGGUACCUGACGAUGAACACAUCGAAUGUAUUCGAAUGCUUAAGUCUUAACUCAAACAUGACGAGACUUGAAAGUCGAGAAAAUGUUAGACAUGUACGCCACUGCGAAAGAGUCAAAGACACUGAUUGGACAUAUGCUGAAUUUGUCUAAGUCCAAGUGCGAAUCACUUCUUUGGAAACGCUGAACACUGUUUCUCAUGACUUCUUCGUGAGUUUUACGUAACAAGCGGUAGCAAAAUGUUUGUGAGAAAUUUAGUUAACAUUUGUUAACUUCGUUAGUCCUACAAAUUUCUAUUCUGGUCAUGAUUUGAUGUUCUAUUCACUUACGUGUCAUAGCAAGACAUAUUCCUUAUUUUAAGUGCCAUUAUAUUUACGUAAGUACUUAAGGACAUAAAAACUCUAUAUCAUUUUGCAAGCGAUCUCUAAGGACUGCUAACUGCUACAGUGUGCUCGGUGAAAAGUAAUGAAGAGCAAUCGCAUCUUCAUGCGAGCUACAGUGAUGUUUUUCCCGUUAGUUGGAAUUAUUCGUGUGCUCGAAAUGUUCGCUAAUUUAUAUGCAACCCAUAUUGACAAGAAAGAACAAUAUUGUUUCAUAUACUCACAGAACUAUUUUGAAUAACUUUUGUUAAAUCAUGUAUAAAUGUAAGCCAUCCAAGAAAUAUCA